AUGGUUCGUUGCCAUAGUUUCACUGGUGAGUCUCUAGAAUUCAAAGAGACAAGUCGGGGAAAUACUGAUUGGGAACCUUCGAAUGGAUUUCGCGAUAUGACUUACUCUGUUCAAGUGCCUAUCAAUGUCUUUGGAAUAUUGAAACCUACGGGUUGUAAAUUUCUUCGAAUAGAUAAUCGAUUGCCAAUGAAAGAUUUGUAUCAGUUCAUUCUCGAAGAUUGUGGCGGACAAAAACCAGUUCUCAUCUUAAGUGUAUAUGGUGGAGCCAAAUAUUUUACGAUGACAGAACGACUUGAAAAAGAAUUCAUAAAAGGUGUUAUUGAUGCUGCUACUAUGGCCGAUGCAUGGAUUCUUACUGCCGGCAUCGAUAACGGUAUCUCAAAAUUGGUUGGUGAAGGUAUUUCACAUUAUCGCCUCUUACAAGAAUAUCCGAAUAAAGUGAAAUGUAUUGGAAUGACUAUGUGGGGCACAAUAAAUGAAGAUACACGUCUUGAACUUAAAAAUGCAUCAACCAACUUGCUAAAACCGAUAAGUGAACGACAGAUUCCAGACAAUGCUCAAGAAUAUAACGAAACAAUCGAACGAAAUCAUACACAUUGUAUUCUAUUCGAUAGUGGUAGAUUAAAUGAAUAUCUCAGUGAUUCGCAGCGUCAUCGAUUUGUUAUCGAAGCAUGUAAAGAUACAGAUAAUAAUCAUACAUGCUAUGCCGUAACAAUUAUCGUGGGAGGUGAUUUAAGUAGUCUUGAAGUUCUUCAAAAUGAUAUCGAACAAAAACGACCAAUUGUUUUGAUUCAAGGUAGUGGUCGUUUAGCCGAUGUACUUGCUAUGCUAGUCGAACAGACAUCAAAUUCUGAUCGAAAUCAACAUCAGAAUCCAUCAAAGCAAGAAAUUGAACAAGCUCUUCGUCGAUUUUAUCCUAGUGUUUCCAAUUCAGAUGUGUCUACAGCAAAAAGACGAAUUCAAAAGAUUUUACAAGAAGAAAAUCGUUAUCUAUUACAUGUUUUCUCCAUGAACCGUGAUAAAAAUGUAGUUGAAACGAUUUUCAAGGCAAUAUUAAUCACUACAAAAGAGAAAAACAAAGUAGAGCAUGAUCAAAAAAAUAAGAAUGAAGCACUGGAACAAGAAAAACGAUGUCGAAAAGAUGAAGAUCAAUUAGUAGAUUUGACACUUGAAUGGAAUUAUUUUGACGGAUUUUUACCAAUAUUACAAGCGCAACAAGAUGAAAUUAUGAAAAUACAAAAUGAAAUUAUGAAUCUAGAAAAUUGUUUUAAAAAGAAUCGUUCAACAUUUAUUGAAUAUUUUUUAAUAAGUGGUUUUGAUCCAUCAACUUUAAUUGAGAAAGAUGAUAUUUCUUGUUAUCAAAAAUUUAUUUUAGAGUUAUACGUCAAAGCUUACAAUGCAAUGAAUAGGAGUCACAAAAGUCGUGUAGACACAUUAUUUGGUAGACUACCUCUUAAAUCAAUACAAGAACUUAAUUAUAAGUUAAAUAAAUUUGUGGGUUCUUUCUUUGGACCAAUUUAUUCCUUUAAAGAUGAAACUUUUAACAAUCGUGUUAAGAUUGACUUGAAUUAUCAUGCAUGUACUUGUUGUGGAGCACAUAGACAUGUUGAAAGUAAUUCUGAAUUACAAGUUAUUAAUAAUAUAAUAGAAUAUGAUCAAAUAAACGACAAAUAUACAAAGGAUCACAUAUUGUGCGAUCUCUUUUUGUGGUCUGUUUUUAUGGAUAUGCCUGAAACGACUAAAAUCUUACUUCUUCAUGUUCGAUCUCGUAUUUGUGCUGCUCUUAUUGCUUCAGCUAUAUUUAAAAAAUAUUCUAAAUUAUCUCAAACAGUUUACUUAAAACAAAAAUUUCUAACUCAAUCAUUAGAAUUUGAAACAUAUGCUGCAAUGUUUACUGAUAAAUGCUAUGAAUAUAAUGAGAAACGUGCUUGUGAAUUACUUUUACGACAAAUACCACUUUUUGGUAAUGUUACAUGCAUGCAGGUUGCUAUUUCAAGUGAAAGUAAAAAAUUAGUUAAAACAGCUUGUUUUGAUCAAGCAUUAAAUCAAAUAUGGUACAAUAAACUAUCAUUGACUAAUCGUCAAACAACAGCAAAAUUAUUACUCAUUCCAUCAAUUCUUACUUUUGGCUUGAUAGCACCUUGGUUUAUCAGUUAUCGAAAAGAAAAUGAAGAAUUAACGAGUAAUACAACAAAUAAUGCGUGA